AUGAAGAGUGCCUGCUCCUCCACUUCUCUCUUCUUCUUAUUCUUUUUCCUUUUAUUGGUCUGUUUGGCCACUAGCGCCAAGGCCACAGCUCCGGACCAUCGAGCCCCCUACCAUUCACACUUGGAAGAGGAAGACGACUAUUACUACGACUACGAUUAUUAUGAAGACAUAAGCGAAGAAGAGUUUGAGAAAACCAAGCGACUAGUUGAAGAGAGUAGUGAGAAGGACGAGGAGGUGCAUGGAGAGGUGGGACCUGACGAUUUUCUUCAAUCAGUUGAUGACGAUAAAUUCGGACCUUCCCAUCACUCCAAGGAAUAA